AUGCGCACCAGUACUUUAUGCGCCCCAGGCCCGACCGUCGCCACAAUCAGGGACGCCAUGGGCGCCCUCGCCCGCGCACUGAAGUCGCGCAAGCGCUGUGCCGAAGACACUCCAGGGGGCGCGACUCUCAACGCCCUCGGUGGAGGCGAUCCUGGCUGCCUCAGAUCGGCGCCCGCCCCCCAGCCAGCCGUCCCCCACGCUCGGCGAAAGCGGCGCAAGAAAUCUUCGGCGGGGGGGUCCCGAUCCGAAGCGGGGGCGGGCUGGCGGCGGCGGAGCGACGGCGAAUCCGAAGGCAGCGAUGGCGAGCCUGGGCCGCCGCAGGCGGCAGGUGUUGAUGCUACCAAGUCGUACUGGGCGCUGAUCGACUCGCUGGAGGAGACCAGGGGGCGCCGGAGCGUUGGAGAUUUGGAUCGCGGGGCGGGCGGGGCGGGCGGGAGGAAGGCGGAAGCGAGAGGGCUGGGGGACGGGGAGUUUGAGGACUGUGACCUGGACCUACUUGGUCUGGAGCAUAUGCGAACUCACACCGCAGCCGAGGAUGUAAAAGAUGCCACAUCCGAUCACGAGGCACAGGACGCUUCCAGCGAUGAGGAAAUCGUUUUGGGUGCUGAGGGAGAGUUGGAGGCUGCUGCAGAAGACAACCCAGCCAGCAAGGAAUCGGACCUGUGGAGGUUGCACUUCAGCCACGAACUCAGCGAUGACGACGUGGUGGCCCUCAGAGACAGGAAGAAGGAAUUUAGAUCGACGACCAACAAGCAACUCAAGGAUGCUUGGCCAGGUGAAUGGCGAUUAUGUGGAUGUGACGCCCCAGUGGCCCCUUCCAACCUGCACGAAUGUGGGAUUGGCAACAGGUUGCAAACUCGGUGGAGGGAUAUGCACUCUCAGGAAGCAAUGCCCCCUGGCAAACAUUCACUGCCAAAGUCUGUGGAAGACAACUUGCUCUUCCGGCCUUUGGAGAAUGGUGACUUUGUGGAUGCACAACAGCGCACAUUCUUCAGCCUGCUGGCCAACUACAAGGACGUGCUGUUGCCUGCUAAGCCAUAUCCCAACAGCAUUCCUGCCCCAGAUCCCUUGAGAGACGCAUACGUCCUACAUUGCGUGAACCACAUCCUUCGCAGCAGGUUCGCCGUCCGCAGGAAUGACAGCAGCCUCAAGAAGCAGGGCGCCGGGGCGACAGCGGAGAGCGACGAGGGCGUGCUGCGUGACCAGGGCUUCACACGCCCAAGGGUGCUAAUUCUGGUGCCUAUGAAGAAUGCUGCGUUUCAAGUGGUUCACAAGAUGAUGAAGCUGGCAGUUGACAAGGCAAAGGGGAGGACACAUUACCGAAACAAGUUCGUUGACCAGUUUGGACCAGACGAAGUGCUUGAGGAGGCUCUAAAGAGGAUCUCCAGGAGGAGUGACAAAAUGCCAGCGGAACACACAGCCCUGUUUCAUGGCAACACCGAAGACGACUUCAGCCUGGGGAUCAGGUUUUCAAGGAUGUCCUUGCACCUUUAUGAGGACUUCUACUCUGCUGACGUCAUUGUUGCCAGUCCCAUCAGUUUGGCUGUUAUGCUUGGCAAUAAGGGUGCCGAUUUCCUGUCUUCGAUUGAGGUCCUUGUGAUCGAUCAAGCCGAUGUCCUCACAAUGCAAAACUGGCAGCAUGUAGACACGGUCGUGAAGUGCUUGAAUCAUCUGCCCAAGGAGCAGCACGGCACUGACAUCAUGAGGGUGCAUGAAUGGCAACUGAAGGGCAAUGCACGGCAUUUCCGACAGACAGUGAUGCUCUCUUCCUUUGGCACUGCUGACUUGAAUGCAAUGUUCAACAAGUGCUCGAAUUUUGGAGGGAUGGCAAUGCUGCACUGCUGGCCUCAAGGAGUGCUUGGCGAGAUUCGCCCCCUUGUCCACCAGGUUUUUGAGCGAGUAAACGUGCCGAGCCUGUCAGACAGCCCAAACGCGAUGCUUGAGUACUUCAAAGCCAAAGUGUUUCCCAGGCUCAAUGGCGGUGGCCUUGGCUCUGGCGUGCUACUCUUCAUCCCACAUUACUUUGACUUCGUGCACGUGCGAAACUUCAUCAAGGAGGAGGGCAUAGAGCAUGGUAACAUAUCUGAGUACAGCAAACCGCGCCAGAUCGCCCACGUGAGGCGGCUGUUUGCACGCGGUGAAAGGCGCCUCCUGUUGUACACAGAGAGGACACACUUUUACAAUCGAUGUGUGAUCAGGGGCUGCAAGGAUAUCGUUUUCUAUGGACUGCCUUACCACGCCCACUUCUACUCCGAGAUCGUCAACCUAAUGGAGGAGGCUUCCCUGGAAUCCAGGCCCACAGUGACGGUGUUGUUUUCGCGAUUCAACCUGCUGGAGCUGGAGGGGGUGGUGGGUGCCCAGAGGGCCAGGAAGAUGGUCAAGGGCGAGUCAUCAGCGUACAUGUUCUGCUGA